AUGACUCGUGCUGAACGCCGUCCCGUCUUCUUCAAUCCCGCUGCCAAAUCAUGGACGGCACCGGUGACGGAUUCCCCAGAUCUGGCCUAUCAAUUCCACCAGCAGCUGCCGCAAUAUAAGCCAACCAAGCUAAUUUCUCUUGAGGACCUGGCCAAGGAACUCGGCGUCCGUGCCAUCCACCUCAAGGACGAGACUUGCAGACUUGGACUCCCUUCCUUCAAGAUCCUGGGAGCUUCAUGGGGCACAUUUCGAGCCAUCGCCCAGAAACUCAACCUUCCUCUAGACUCCCCCCUGGACUCCGUGAAACAAGCUCUGUCAACCACCAGCGUCUCCUUAUACGCAGCCACCGAUGGAAACCAUGGACGGGCUGUGGCUCGCAUGGCGUCCAUCCUGGGUGUCCCGGCCCAGAUCCACGUACCCGGGUGCAUGCACAAGGCUACCAUUGAGCUGAUCAAGUCAGAAGGCGCUCGCGUUGUCGUUUCGGAUAGCUUCUACGAUAAAGCUGUUGUUGAUGCACGCGAGGCAGCUGCGCAAGAUGGCACCGCCAUCGUUAUUCAGGACUAUGCCUCGGGGGACUAUGUUCAGAUUCCGCAGUGGAUUGUUGACGGCUACCGCACCAUGAUGCUGGAAAUUGAUAGCCAGCUGGGAGCUACUACCCCUGACCUCGUCGUGGUCCCGGUGGGAGUUGGUUCUUUUGCCCAGGCCGUUGUCAUGCACUAUAAACAGGGGAAACAGACCGCAGUUUUGGCAGUCGAGCCAGAUACAUCAGCUAGCCUCUGGAAGAGUCUCACGCACGGAGACUCCUUAACGAUAUCGGAAAAAGCGCCUAGUAUCAUGUCCGGUCUGGAUUGCGGGACUCCUUCAUCGAUUUCCUGGUCAGUUCUUCGGCACGGAGUCGAUGCCAGCCUCUCUAUUUCGGACUUUGAAGCUCAUCAAGCCUGCGGAUAUUUGGCUUCUCAAAACAUACCCGUUGGGCCUUGUGGUGCUGCCCCUGUUGCCGCUUUGAGGAGACUGGAGACCUCUGACAGAGAGAAACUGGGCCUCACCAAGGACUCGGUUAUCGUUAUCCUUUGCACAGAAGGUGUGAGAGAUUAUGCUAUCCCGCAUAACGUGGCAAGCAAUGACCCUAUAGAGUUGACGCAAACCUUGGUCAGGAUUAACUCGGCCAGCCCCUCCUUAGGAUCUAUCCCUGGCCCUGGAGAGACAGCAAUCGCCCGCUACAUUACCGCCUGGAUGGAGCAUCGGGACAUUGAGACCCACUGGAUCGAGCCAACACCGGGGCGACCUUCUGUGGUGGGCGUCGUUCGAGGAUCUGGCGGCGGUAAGAGUCUGAUGCUCAACGGCCACACUGACACCGUAACCAUCACGGAGUAUGAAGGCGAUCCCCUCAGCGGCGAGAUCCGAGAUGGCAAGCUCUAUGGCCGUGGAGCUGCCGAUAUGAAGUGUGGUGUUGCGGCCGCAAUGGUCUCACUCGCCAAUGCGAAGAAUCAAGGCUUAAAGGGAGACGUCAUCUUUGCGGGAGUAGCAGACGAGGAGUUUGCUAGUAUCGGCACGCAGCAGGUGUUGGAGGCAGGCUGGACCGCUGAUGCUGCUCUCGUCAAUGAGCCGACCGGCUUGGAAAUCUUGUACGCGCACAAAGGUUUCGUCUGGUUUGAAAUCGACAUCCAUGGCCUUGCCUCUCAUGGAUCGAGAUAUGACCUUGGCAUCGACGCCAUCUGUAAAGCAGGAUACUUCCUCGUUGAGCUGGAUAAGCAUGCAGCUCAUCUUACGCAGCAGGCCGGCGAUCCCAUUCUCGGACCGGGAAGUAUACAUGCCUCCAUCAUCAAGGGCGGGGAGGAGAUCUCAUCCUACCCCUCCUUUACGCAAGUUCAGCUCGAACGGCGAAUUAUCCCCGGCGAAACGAAAGAGUCUGUUGAAAAGCAACUGCGAGAAAUUCUCGACGGCCUGGUUGAAAGAAUUCCCAACUUCAAAUACGACAUUCGGGCAACCUUUGAACGCUCACCGUUCAAAGCCUCUCUCGACCAUCCAUUCACCAAACUCGUUUGCAAACAUGUCACAAACACCCUGGGCGAAGAGGCAGUGGUCAUUGGAACUCCACACUGGACUGAUUGUGCGUUGUUGGCUGAUCACGGUAUUCCCGUGCUGCUUUGGGGGCCCAAGGGCGUUGGACUACACGGAAAGUUGGAAUAUGUUGAAGUUGACUCGAUAAAACAGGUUGCAGAUACACUGACGGCAAUUGCGGCAGAGUUCUGCAGCUAA